AUGUUGGGUCUACCUCCUAUUCGUCGAAUUAUUACCGGCCACGACGACAAUGGUCGUGCAGUCAUUGACGACGAUUGCACCUUUCAUCCUUUCGACCCCAGGUCGGUUCUACCAGGCGCGAAGUCUACUCCCCAAUCCAACAAUGCAGCACCACCGGUGAGAGGAUUCAUUCAUCUGUGGCGAACGGAAAACGCGCCGGCCAAAAUUCAAGGCCCAUGGACCGAGUACCAAAACAAGGCCAUCCCACUCAGCGAUGCCACUGGGACGACAGUUCGGGUGGUUGACAUGUCCCCAGGACAAUAUUCUCCAAUGCAUCGAACCGCAAGCCUUGAUGUCGGGGUCGUUCUCAAAGGGGCUGUGGUUUUAGAGUUGGAUGACAAGACUGAGACGACGCUGAAGGAGGGAGAGACGAUCAUUCAGAGGGGAACCAUUCACGCCUGGCACAAUCGGACCCAAGAAGCAGCACGGAUUUUAUUCGUACUGUUGCCUGCUGAAAAGGUCGUUGUCAACGGCGAGGAACUGGCACCGACCAUAUUCGAUGUGAAUUAG